GUGCUCAAAAUAUGUCAAAUUUUAUAUUUUUGGUUAUGCGACUUCAGAAGAAAAUUUUAAAACUUUAAAAAUUCGUUUCUUUUCUAUUAAAAUAUAAUAUAACCAAACCAUGUCCAACAGUCAUUUGUUUCUGAAAUCUGGAUUUCCCAGAGCACCGUUGCAGAAUGGUGUUGGACGAUAUGUGUGUCAAUUGCAAAGAAUAACAUUAAAAUUCUGUAAAAACAAUGGUUCCAGUAAAGGCAUGAGAGAAUUUCUGGAAGAGGAUCUCAUUGAUUUUGCCAAAGGGAAUCCCGGUGUUGUUGUCUACGUUAAACCAAGGCGUCAUAGAACACCUGUUAUCGUUGGAGAAUAUUUAAACGGUGACCGAGAGUGGCUUAAUUGCAGAAAUUCAACAAAAGAGGACAUUUCAAAAUGGAUUCAAAUGCUUAAACUUCAACACGGUGCAUCUAGUUCAACACGACUCAGGAAGAUGUGGCACACAGAUAUGCCUUCCAUCCAAGGACCAUGGUCUCCAUUCAUGCUAAAAAGUCCAGAUUCUAAUUUGAUGACAUAUCCAAAUGCUGAAGCAUCCAAGCCGCUAGAUAUAGAACAAUCCGCAAGUGAAAAACUAUUGGAAAUAUUUAGAAAAGAACGUGAUUCAUUAAAAGAUAGUCGGGCUGAAUAAAAUAACAAAAAAAAAACUAAAAUAAAUGAAACACAAAUAAAUGUAUUUGCUUUUGUGUA